UCCUCCUCCUCCUCCUCCUCCUCCUCCUCCUCCUUGCGGGCAAGCUGCAGGUGUCCCGCGCGCGGCGGAGCUCCUGCUGCUCGACGCCUCGAGGCGUUCGAUGCCUGGGGCCCCGCCGAGAGUCUGGCGCCAGGCUCUCCGCGCGAGCGCGGCGCAGCUCCGCGCGCCCGCGGGGCCGCCCCGCGGGGUGCCCCGGCGCGCGCGCGUUUUUUUCCGAGGGGGCUGCGUGGGCCGCCCGAGGCCGCGCCGCGCGAGGUCCGCCCCCCUGGCGCGGCCAGAUCCGCGCGUCCUCCGUGCAGAAGCCGACGGAGGCGAGAUCCCGCUGCGAGAAUUUGUGCAUGACCGCCGCCCGGGGCCCCCUUGGGAUCGAUCUUCGGGGACCUCGGCAGGCGGUGGAUCUGGAGAAGUUCGGGGGGCCCUGGCAUGUCUAUACUUUUUUGGUCGCGGGCGGACGCGGAUUCGCAGUCGCCGAGCUGAGAGGUCCGGGCCACGGGCCUGUCAAAUUAGCAACGCGCAAGCCUAAAAGCACAGCGGCCGAGCCCGCGCUCAGAACCUGCCGCCGGUGGGGCCGCGGGCCGCGGUGGAUCUGGAUGUGUUCGGGGGGUCAACGCCCCGACUGUAUGUCUAUACGCACCGCCGUGCAAGAAUGGCGACGGUCCCGCCGGCAGAAGGCUGGCGGGGCGUCUGGAGCCAGGGCUGCCGGUGCCGGCCACAUGAAGAGUCCCUCCCUCGUUCUGAGGCGGAUCGAUUCACACAGGACAUGGAUGACAUCACCACGGGCGUGGGCCCAUGCGCAGAUGUCGCCUUCCCCGAAGGAAUGCCGGGACGGUCCGUCCCUGCUCACAUGUACAGAUGUCCUCGCCCUCCCCCCUGGGGGUGCCCGCGGGCCGUGGGGCCCCGCGCCUCCAGGGGAGGGCGCGGGCGCGCGCGACCUCCGUGACGCGCCCGCCGCCGGCCUCCCACGCGCACCCCGCCCUCGCCGGCUCCCGAGCCACCGCGCCGCUGCCGCAGGGCGACGGGGGCAGACAUGUGACGGAACGGGCCUCGUGACGAAAGCGUUCGGUUGCCAGGCGGCAGGCACACGACUCUUAGCGCCGAGGUCGGGGGAGCCCAGGUCGGGGCCGGCUCGCAGCGGCGAUCGCAGCGGCGCCUGCCGUCGACUGUUCCGCUGCGGCCAGGGCCCGUUGCUCAGCGCCGUCGCGGCGGCGGCCCCGGCGGCGAGCUAUUUCCUGCGAGCUGUCGGCGUGCUUGGCAUCGCUCGGACGUGUGCAUUGCUUCUCCGCGAGGGCCAUCGAGGAGCAUCUCUGAUCGUUUAG